AGCGAGAUCUCGCGAGGCUUCCUUCUCAGCAGCCCCAGCGCGGGCCAAUCGGAUGGCAGGCCUUGCCUGUUUGCACCAGAACGGUUACUGCUGUAAAAUAUGCUCGGCUUUAAAGUCACAGGCACCCGUUUUCCACGUUCAUUUGGACGAGCACUGAAAAAUUAAUGUCACUUUGUGGGAUAGGAAUCUCGACACGAUCCAGGUAAAGCAUUUGCAGUGGAUUUGCUGCUAAACUAUGGAUCCCAGUGAGCUUCCAGGGUCUCUAAACCCCUUCCAGCUUGCAGACGAGGCUUUGAGGAACGACUUGCUGACCAUGCCCACCAGCAUGGAGGUCCCCGGCAGCGACUUGCUGGGGUUGGAUGAGUACAGCGCUGCCACGCCCACUCUGACCCAGUCCGAGAGAGUCAGGCAAAAGACGCAGGACAGCUUGAGCAUCUUGGAGAACCCGGACUCCUUGGAACUGUCCAAGACCCAGGUGGAGGAGUUCUACAGCAAAGUGUUCCCAGAGCCGUCUGGAUCGGCGGGCCCCUGGCCAGCAGAUGUGCCUAAAAUCGGGGAAGCCGAGGCUGUGACGCCAAAGGAGGCUGGGGAUGUAGAGAUGGAGGAGGAGGAGGAGGAGGUUGAGGAUUUGGUAGGGAAGGAGUCAGGGAAUGACAUUGGCAGCUCUGAGGAGGCACCACAGCCACAAACGGAAGAGGAGCAGACAAAAAGUACACUGGUAGUGAAGCCCGAAUUGAAAGCUGAAAGUAGCACUGUAAGCCCCCCCUCAUCUGCAUCCCCGGCCGUAUCUAACCAGGAGGUGCCUUUGGUAGAUGAGAAAGAGACUGACUCCAAAGAGCCUGAGCCUGAGCAGGGGGAGAUCGAGCCUGAGCAGGGGGAGAUCGAGCCUGAGCAGGGGGAGAUCGAGCCUGAGCAGGGGGAGAUCGAGCCUGAGCAGGGGGAGAUCAAGCCUGAGCAGGGGGAGAUCAAGUCUGAGCAGGGGGAGAUCAAGCCUGAGCAGGGGGAGACCAAGCUUGCAGAAGUUGCCUCUACAGCGGAAUGCCAGACCUCUGAUGUAGACAGCCUGGUGCAAAUCAAAAAUGAGUGUAAAGCUGAAGAAGGUGAUACAGCAGCAGAGGGCAGCAAAAGCCAACAAGCCAGCGGGGUCAAAUCGGAAGAAAAGCCAGAGGUACCACCAGCAGCUGCUAAAGUCUCCUGUACAGAUCAGACACUGGGGACUCCUGCAGCCUCUAGCCCAGCCGAAAAAACAGCUGAUACUUCAGAGGAAAAGCUCAAAGGCAGAAUGGAAAUGAGGAGAACUGAACGCCUUAGGAGAACCGAGUUCUUGAAAAAUGAAUCCCGGGGAUCGACAGGACUUUCAGACAGUGUUCAGUUAUCUGAUGACGACUCUGACGCCAUGGUGGACGAUCCCAACGAUGAGGACUUCGUCCCGUGCAGCACCCCUCGACGCUCCAGCCGGAUGUCUCUGCGCAACCAGAGGCCUCACACGCCGGCAACUGCGGCAGUCCCCCCCGGUGCACACAGCCGGCCUAGGAGCACAGUCCACAGUGCCCCGAGCACGCCGCACAGCGCGCCACAGAGCACAGUGCACAGCACACCCCAGAGCACACCUCACAGCACACCCCAGAGCGCGCCGCCGCGCUCACUCACCAAAAUGUACUGCGCACACUGCAGGACCCCCCUGCAGAAGGGGCAGACUGCCUACCAAAGGAAAGGGAUGCCUCAGCUCUUCUGCUCUUCCAUCUGCCUCUCUGCCUUCUCCAAGAAACCGCCAAGGAAGAAGCCUUGCGUGUUCUGCAAAAAGGACAUUUGGAGUACAAAAGAUUCCGUUGUCGCCCAGACAGGGCCGGGAAACUCUUUCCAGGAGUUCUGUAAUAAAACUUGCCUUUCACUUUACGAAGCCCAGUUACAAAGGGCAUCUGUUCCGACAGCUGAUUCUACUGCCCCAAGGUGUAGCAUCUGCCACAAAGCGGGAGAGAUCCAGCAUGAAGUGAGCAGUGGCAAUAUGGUCCACCGUCUUUGCAGUGACACCUGCUUUACCAAGUUCAGAGCCACAAAGGGGCUGAAAACAAACUGCUGUGAUAACUGUGGGGUGUACAUCUACAACAAAGGGCUUCCUCUAGAGUACCUCUUUCACGAGGGACAGCAGAAGAGGUUCUGCAACUCCUCCUGCUUAGCCAUGUACAAGAAGAAAAACACCAAAGUGUACCCGUGCAUGUGGUGCAAGACUCUGUGCAAGAACUUCGACAUGCUCUCGAGUGUGGGCCGCAAUGGCAAGAUGGGACUCUUCUGUUCUGUGUGCUGCAUCACGUCUCACAAAGUCAAGAACGCAGGGCCCACAGUUCCUCCGAAGCCGUGCAGCUUCUGCAGGCGCAGUCUGUCAGACCCGGGGUAUUACAACAAGACCGACAGGGUGGUCAGUCAAUUCUGCAGUCCCAGCUGCUGGACUAAAUUUCAGAAAUCCAGCCCCGAAGGUGACAUUCAUUUAAACUGUCACUCCUGUCACAAUCUAUUCAGCGGCAAGCCUGAAGUACUGGACUGGCAGAACACCAUCUACCAGUUCUGCUGUAAAGAGUGCUGUGAGGAUUACAAGAGGCUGCACGGAGUGGUGUCGGUCUGCGAGCACUGCAAGCAGGAGAAGCUGCUGCACGAAAAGAUCAAGUUUUCAGGAGUGGAAAAGAAUUUCUGCAGUGAAGGCUGUAUUUUACUGUACAAGCAGGACUUCACUAAGAACCUGGGCCUGUGUUGCAUUACUUGUACAUACUGCUCCCAGACAUGCAAACGAGCUGUAACAGAAGAGCUGGAUGGCAACACCUGGGAUUUCUGCAGCGAGGAAUGCAAAACCAAGUACCUGCUCUGGUACUUUAAGGGAGCCAGAUGCCAUGCCUGCAAACGACAAGGGAAGCUUUUGGAAACCAUACACUGGCGUGGGGAGAUCAAACACUACUGUAACCAGCAAUGCCUCCUGCGUUUCUACAGCCAGCAGAACCAGCCCAACCUGGACACUCAGAAGGGGCCCGAGAGCUUGCUAAACAAACAUACGCAAGAGUCGAAAACAUCAACCACUGCUGCUAAGAAAUUUGAACCUGCUGAAAAGACGCACACAACCCAGCUCCCCCCAUCUCUGUCUCCUCCCCCCUUACCAACCGCACGCAAGAACAAGGCUGCCAUGUGCAAGCCACUGAUGCAGGACCAAGAGGUGUCCUGCAGACCCGAGAUGACGUCAAAAGGUUGCCAGACAGAGGAAGACUGGAAACCACAGACGGUUAUCAUCCCAAUCCCAGUCCCUGUCUUUGUGCCAGUGCCUAUGCAUAUGUACUGUCAGCAAGCACCAGUGCCUUUCACCAUGCCGAUCCCAGUCCCAGUUCCCAUGUUUCUCCCAACCACCCUGGAGAGCGCUGAUAAGAUCGUGGAAACGAUUGAGGAGCUGAAAGUGAAGAUCCCGUCCAACCCGCUCGAGGCUGACCUUCUCGCCAUGGCGGAGAUGAUUGCAGAGGCUGAGGAGAUGGAUAAAGCAUCCUCCGAUCUCUGUGAUCUCGCCAGCAAUCAGAGUGCAGAGGGCUUGCUGGAAGACUGCGAUUUGUUUGGACCAGCCCGAGACGAUGUCCUGGCGAUGGCAGUCAAAAUGGCAAAUGUUUUGGAUGAGCCGGUUCAGGACUUGGAAGCAGAUUUUCCUAAAACACCCUUAGAUCCCAGCGUUGACUUCCUUUUCGACUGUGGACUCGUGACCACCGAUGACGAUCAUACAGAACAUGAGCUUCCCAGAGCUGUAAGAAAGAGCCAGAAACGGAUACUGCUGUCAGAGAGCUGCUCCCGAGACUCGAUGAGCAGCCAUUCGGGAUGCACAGGGUUAAAUUAUUCCUUCGGAGUGAGCGCCUGGAAGUACUGGGCUCAGACCAAGCAUUCCGGCAACGAGGGCGGAAAAAACGAAGAGCUGCGAUUUGGCCCUAAACCAAUGAUGAUAAAAGAGGAUAUCCUUACUUCCACUGCUGCUGAACUGAACUAUGGACUGGCACAGUUUGUGAAGGAAAUCUCUCGACCGAAUGGGGAAAGAUACGAUCCAGACAGCAUUUACUACCUGUGCCUUGGAAUACAGCAGUACCUUCUGGAGAACAAUCGAAUGGUCAACAUCUUCACGGAUUUGUGCUUCCUGACUUUUGUACAAGAACUUAACAAGAUGUUAAAGGGUUGGCAGCCCGCGAUAUCCCCGACUGGUACGAUCCUCUCUCGGGUGGAGGAGGAGCACCUGUGGGACUGCAAGCAGCUGGGGGUGUACUCUCCCUUCGUUCUGCUCAACACCCUGAUGUUCUUCAACACCAAGUACUUCGGCAUGAGGACGGUGGAGGAGCACCUGCAGCUGUCCUUCACCAACGUGGUGCGCCAGUCCAGGAAGUGCUCUGCGCCCAGGGGCGUGGGCAAGAUGGUCAGCAUCCGCUACUGGCCGUCCGUGCGCAGCAAGAAAGGCAGAGAAAGCAGCCUGGGAAAGAGGAAACGGGAGGAAGAAGGAACGAUUCUGGAGCAACAGGAAAACAGGCUGAACCCCCUGAGAUGUCCUGUGAAGUUCUUUGAGUUCUACCUGUCGAAAUGCCCAGACAACAUGAGGAGCAGGAACGACGUGUUCUACCUGCAGCCGGAGCGCUCGUGCAUCGCGGAGAGCCCUCUGUGGUACUCCGUCAUCCCCAUGGACAGGAGCAUGCUGGAGAGCAUGCUGAAUAGGAUCCUGGCGGUGAAGGAAAUCUACGAAGACCACCACGCCGGGGAGGCGCUAGAGGACGGCGUCGCCUGAGGGGGCUCCCCUUUUAAUGUACUUCACAACCUGUAAAUAACCAGGAGGCCAGUAUUUGGUGAAGCAGCAUUGCUGCACUUCGUUUGUUUGGCAGGUCAUCGUUUAAUAACUAGCGUUGGGAAUUGUACAGCGUGCGAUCCAAAGUAUUAAUAAUGUUUAAGGGACUCCUUGUUCAUCUUGUGCCGCGUUAUCCCAGUCUGUUUCACUGACCUCCCACCUAAGCUAUUGGUGAGCUUAUGCCCGUUGUCUUUCUCUGUCAGGUCUAGCUCAAACAGUACCUUAAUAAAUUGCUCCUUUUACUUUGAACACUAGCUGUGUAACAAUUUUGAAAUGAAUGGACUGUAUUCUUACAGGACCUAAAGGAAUGUUGUUAAAAUAAAUGCAAUCCCAAACUUCACAACCCGUAUGCUUUGUAGUGCAAUGUUUAUAAAGCACUUCCAUGAGAUCUUAAUAUGCUGUAUACUAAAUAUAUGUUUGGAAAGUCUUUCCAGAGCCACUGAAGGCUUAUGUGAAAAGCACUGUGACAAAUUGAAUCGGUGCGUAAAAGGGAGGAGUGGCCAGCUGCCUUGCGCUUCCCUUAUUGGCUGCCAGGUAACUCAUCACUGUUGAGGUCGACAUUGAGGUGGGUGGAGCUUUUGCUUGACCACCAAAGCCUUCCAUAGCACAGUCUCUCCACUAACCACUGAGCCAUAGCCAUGCACUUCAUAUGUUAACUAUCAAACACAAGUCUUCUGAAAUGCUUGAAGUGAUCGUAAAGGGUUUAUAAGCUGAUGUUUAAAGUUUGAGAAAGCUACAGGCACUGUCCAAUUGUGUUCUGUUCUUUAUUAUUCUUUUGGUCUUUGUAAAGCUCCAAAGUGUAUUAACUUCAUUUAUUUUUAUUUUUUUUGCUGUUGUAUUUUUUUUUUUUUUAUGUUUUGGCUUUAUUUAACUUGGGAAAUGUACAAUUUCAUGUAAUAUUAAAUUUGUAUGCUAAACAAGGAAAAAUUACCAAAACAUGUCACAAGUUUGGUAGUGGAGCUCAAUUUAAUUAUUCUAUUUAUUCUUUUACAAAUUAAUUUCUUAAUUAUCCUAUAGUGUUUCCAUAGUAAUAUAAAUAUAUAUACUGUACAUAUAUUUUUGGUGUUAUUUUAAAUCGGAAAUUCGUAUUUGAUACAGAAAAGGACAUUAUUCAUAAUGUUGAACUAGUUAAAAAAACGGUCUUGUACUUUUGCCUUAUGGAUUACAUUUAUUUUAUUUUUCAUUUAAAAUUUAAAUAUAUAUUUUUUUCCUAAAUCGGUGAACAGUUAGACGCUCCACAGAUAACAACGCAUUGAGGUCAUAUUAAGUGAACUGCUCCCUGCUUCAUACAGCCUACAGCCUGUCUUGAUCUUAAUGUGAUGCACAUUGAAGCUGAAUACUGUAAGUGCCACACCUCAGUGUCUUUAAAUCUGGAGCAGCACAGACACAGGAGUGAAACACCUGCGCUACGUAGCAAACACUUCUCUUUGCUUUUUUCUUUUUUAUACAAUAAUUUAUAAUGUAAAUGGAAUCCCUGAGACGCGUGCUUUCGUAUGUAAUAUCUGAAACUCUGAUCAAAGUCUAAACAGCCACUCUGCUGAAGGAGGCAGUAAUGGCCAUAACAAUUUGGAGCGGAUUGGUCUCCUGGCUGCCCAUUGUGGCCUUACACCCCAGCCAUUGUGAGUAACCUCUUCACCCUGUGUAUAUUAUACACUAGGAGUUUGGGCAAUUAGCACAGCAUUUAGAAAAGCAGAACGUUUUGUGACGGGUACAUGGUUUACAAUUCGCAGACAGCACAGUUCAGUGUUUAUCCCCCAGUGAGUUAUCGGAGUAUGCCUUAAUUACUGGAUCCUGCUUUGUUCAGAGUGUGAAAAGCCACUGGAGAGCAGCACUUCACGUGAUGUUAAAGUGUGGGGGGCGGUGGUGCGGUGUACACCAUGCAGCUGUAUUUAUAGUUACUGUACUAAACACCACACAGGUUUGUAAAAAUACUGUUAGCGUUCUAUUCUUGUGACUUGCAUACAUAUUCAUUUGCUCUAGCUCAUUUAGUUUAUUUUGUUAAAGGGCUAAAGGUGCUCCAUGUUAGAUGAGGCGCCUUCGAAUGACAAAGGGUGGGGUCCUCCUUUAUCGCGGAUUUAAAACUGUAUUGAAAUCGCAGUGCUACAAUUCCCGGCUUUUUUAUUUUAAUUUGGUCAAGUCAACAAAAAACGAUCCACAAAAUGUGUAACGUUCCUCUAUCCGUGUUGGUAAUACUAGUUAAAGGAGAUGAAUUAGUUUUAGUGGGAUGAAAACCUGUGCUGGUGGCACUUAGCAAGGAGUAAUAGGUCUGGCAGGAUAAUAUCUCGACAGGGAGGCAGGUACUGCAUACUGUCUUACUACAAUUAACCGUAGCGAAUGCAUUUCUGUCACAGCAUUCAAAAAAUCGCUCUGACAUCAGUUAAACACAAAACAAGAAUACGGUUUUACACAAUUUACACUGUUUAAGAAGUGCUUGGAGUACAUAAUGUAUUCAAUGCAAGUAACCAUAAAUGUAACCUUUUUCAAUAAUAUUGUUCUUAAAGUGUGACAUUCGCGUUGGCAGACAAACAGGGGCAGGAGAAGCACUGGAGUAGUGAGUGAGAGUGCUUGGUAAAUUGAGACGGAACACGGUUUAGGAACUGGAGAAUGGAAACGAACACCCUAAGAAUGGAGAUGUUUGUUGUGCAUUUCAAUCACAAGGCAGUGUGCAUUCUGUAAGAAGCUGGAGUCUGGUUGUGGUGCUAACACUAUUUAAGCCCGAGUUCAGAAUGUGGUUCAAUCUUCUAUUCUGCCAAUGCAUCUGUUCAGCUACUGUGAUGAUAUAGUGGAGACAUGUGUAUCCUGUGACUAUUGGAGAAGGUAUUUCAUCAGAAACGCAUGUGUACAUACUGUACUGCCCUAUAAUGUGCAGAUGACACGUUGCAGUCUCGCAGGCAGUACGCUUUGCAAGUGAAUGGAGAGCAACUGAUUUUGUUUUACUUUUAAAUUGAAAAGUUAAAGUAACUUAGUACCUGCUUUGAACUGGUAUGAGUUUUAUUUUUUCUCGUUGAGAAAGUUUAGUUUCUUUUAAUGUUGCACAGGUACAGAUUCAAUCACCAUUUUUGCAUUGAAAGCCUAUUCUUAUUCUUAUUGAUUUUAUAUAUAUAUAUAUAUAUAUAUAUAUAUAUAUAUAUAUAUAAUUUAUAUAAUUUUUGUUUUUUACAAAUUCAAAGCAGUGAGUAUGGAUCUCUUUUCUUUGAAACGUGUACUGUAGGUUUCUCUGUUUGACUGAAUUUGAUAAAUGUGACUGUUUUCAUCGGAACAGAAGGUUGAAUCUGUAAAAACGUUUUAUUUGCAUUUCUUAGGCAUAGUUAUGUGCUUAAAACUGUACAGAAUAGCAUUGUCAAGUGUGUUGGCUCUUGACAUGUUUAGUAACUGUUUCGUGCACAUUUCUACCUGCCAUUUCCUGUAGUGAAAAGAAUUGUUACAACUACUAGCCAUGUGUCUAUAGAACCUAACAAUGAAUAAUAAAGUUCUGUUGCUUUA